AAGUGCCUUUAAUUUGAAAGACAUGCACGUGCUGCAGUUUAUUAUGACAACUCACCUGACUGAGCUGAAACUGUAGCAGUGCUGCUAAACCAGGACAUGGAGGCGAUAUACAGUAUUCUGGGUUUGGAGUGGUUAGACACCAGGAGUAUUUUAGUAUUUCUCUGUGUUUUUCUUCUGCUCAGUGACAUUUUGAAGAACAGAAAACCAAAAAACUUCCCUCCAGGACCACGGGCUCUUCCUUUUAUUGGAACUCUUCAUCGCAUUCAACCUUCCAGACUCCACCUGCAGUUAGUAGAGUUUGCAGAGAAAUAUGGAGACAUUUUCAGCCUUCAUCUCUUUGGUGAAAGAGCUGUGGUCAUAAAUGGUUACAAAAAUGUGAGGGAGGCCCUGGUCGAACAGGGAGAGGACUUCGUAGAUCGUCCCAUCAUUCCACUGUUCUCAGAGUUUUUCAGGAAUAAAGGUCUCGUGCUGUCAAGUGGUGAUCUGUGGAAGAAUCAGAGGAGAUUUGCUCUUCACACGCUGAGAAACUUUGGUCUGGGCAAGAAAAACCUGGCACUUUACAUCCAGCAGGAGUGUCAGUAUCUCACAGAGGCUUUUGCUGAACAGCAAGGCAAGCCUUUUAAUGCCCAAUCACUGAUACACAACGCUGUGUCCAACAUCAUCUGCUGUUUGGUGUUUGGGAGUCGGUAUGAGUACAGUGACGAGCAGUACAAGACUAUUCUUAAAUAUUUCAAUGACAUUGUCAAGUUACAGGGAGGAUUUGCAGUACAGAUUUUUAAUGCAAUGCCCCGGUUAAUGAGAUGGGUUCCUGGACCUCAUAAGAAAUUAUUCAGGUUGAUACUGAAGGUUAUUGACUUUGUUGAAAUCAGAAUCAAAGAGCACAAAGAAAAUCUCGACCCUUCUUCACCAAGAGAUUACAUCGACUCCUUCCUCAUUGAAAUGGGAGAGAAAGAAGACAAAGAUUCUGGUUUUGAUCUCAGUAACUUGUGUAUUUGCACUAUGGACCUGUUUGGUGCUGGAUCUGAAACCACCACAACUACUUUACACUGGGGGCUACUUUACAUGAUUUCCUACCCACAUAUACAAGAGAAAGUCCAGGCUGAGAUUGAUGCUGUGAUUGGUCCAUCCAGACAGCCCUCUAUAACUGACAGAGAAAACAUGCCGUACACCAAUGCAGUCAUCCAUGAGAUACAGAGGAUGGCAGACAUUGUCCCACUCAAUGUACCUCGCAUAGCAAAUAAGGACACAACUCUGAAUCAGUUCUCAAUCCCAAAGGGCACGAUGAUAAUACCAACGCUUCAUUCUGUACUGCAUGAUAAGACGAUGUGGGAGACCCCACGCACCUUCAACCCUCAACACUUUCUGGAUGAAGAUGGCAAAUUUAGGAACAGAGAGGCCUUCAUGCCGUUUUCUGCAGGUAAGCGCGUGUGUCUUGGAGAACAGCUGGCCAGGAUGGAGUUGUUCCUUUUUUUCUCCUCCAUCCUUCAGAGGUUUAAGGUGUCCCCUCCUGCAGGCGAGAAGCCCAGUCUGGAGUUCAAGAUGGGAGGAACUCGCCUUCCUAAACCCUACCUCCUCUGUACUGUACCACGUUAAACUGCAUACUGCUUUAAACUGAGCCAGACAAAUCAAAGUCUUUCAACAUAUUUUUACUGCAUUAUAUCAAAACUACGAAUAAACAAAUUGGUGUAAUGAUGCUCUGAUGACAGAUGUGUAGUUUUCUCAGUUAUAAAUCAGUUUUAUUAUCAGUAAGAGUGUUCUGUUAUAAGGGUUGUAAUACUUCAUCCAGGUGCGAUGAAGUGAUUUAAGAGUGUGUUCUGAAAUUUGUGUGAGUGAAAAUCUAUAAAUUCAAAGACUUUCAGACUGUGGGAUCAUACAGUUUUUGUUGUGCUGCUUUCAAAUGUAUCCAUAGAAAUAAAGGAGGCAUUUCUCACAUCAAACAUAGAAAACAACUUUUUCUGUCACCAUUAAUACCUAACUUUGGUAAAUAAGAAUGUUUUGUUUGGAGGACUGAAUUUUUCAACCUUUUUUAUGGCUCCUUAUCUGGUUAAUCCAGUUUGGGUUUUUGGCUCUGGGCUGCAUAUAUGCUCUGAUCAUGGGAGUGUCCUGGAUGGUGAUUUGACUUUUGGGUCUGAAAACACACGAAUCAGGAGCCUGAUGUAGACUCCUUGUUUUGCCUUUAACUUCUGCUGCCACUUCCUCAGAUUCUAUGUAGACUGUUGAACUCAGGAUCUGCUAUUGUAUUAAUCUUUUUUUUUUUAAUAAAGCUUCACAA